AUGCUUAUAUACAGACAGUUGUUGUAUAUAACGGCGCUAGCCGGGUAUGUGUUUGGGUCGGACGUCAAAUUGGACCUCUCAAGUACCGAGACGAACCAAUUUGAUGUCGCCAAAUUGGAAAACGGCGAGUUUGAGACUACAAGAAUAACGCCUAAGCACGGAAUAGAAGUGAAAGAGAUACACGACGCUUCUAACGAGCUAUGGUCACCUUUGUCGACCGAUUUCUUCAUGAAGUCGCUCGAAAUCCACCAAAGGUCAGGCCACGACGACUUGGGCCACUUGGUAGUCUGGAAGCCGAACCAAGAAGUAUACCAAGCAAGUAAAUCGCAAUUAAACGAACGCAAAACAACAGUUUUUAUACCAUAUAAAGUAAAUAACCUCUUUUUCAAGAAGAAGGACAGGGUGUGGUUCCCAUUGACACAAUACCAUUACGAAGUCCUAAAAAGCGAUAUGUCUUCUCGAGAUUCAGUGUUAGAUUUAGAUAACUUUGGGGGAUGCAAUGUGUCUGUAAAUUAUCUGUCCCACAGAGUUACUAAAUACAAGCUUGUGCCAAAACACAUGACGAGAAUCUUGAGAGUUAUACACAGAGACGACGUGCUCUGGAAGUCACAGGCAGAGCAGAUGGUGAAGUCAGUGUAUCUCUCAUACAAUAAGACGGGAGAAAUGGCACUGGUGAGCCUGAACCUGUCGGCGCCAAACGCGACCUACGACCCACUGGACGAGAAAUCAAAGCGCUACUAUUUGGAUUCUCUGAGAUACUACAGUAAAAUGGGCAGAGGAAGCUGGGUCGAGGUGGGCCAGGACGAGUACGAGUACCAGAUGAGCCUCCUGAGGAAGACCGCAGAGACUCAGGAAGUGAAGGUGCAGUUUGACCUGUCAAAAAUGCCAGCCUCAGCAAUCACGUUCACGAAGAACGAGUACUCCGCCAGAGGAAUGGAAGUUACCUCGUACGCAAUAAACGAAGGAUUUAAGCUGAACCUGGUGAAGGAUGGCCCACACACACUAUGGUCAUCCAGCGUCAACUCAGUGAAGGACCUGUGCGUGUACAACCUGGGCUCUAAGCGUGUCCUGGACCUGAGAGUGACGAAAGACUACGGACUCGAGACGAAGAGUGACUACCUGCUCUUCAAGAAGGAGGAACAGGGGCAGUGGGAAAAGCUGCCGGCAGAAGAGUACAAGUACCUCCUGUACUCGGGCGAGAUACCGCUGGUGCUGGACAUGGACGCCUCGGACUACCAGUACAUGACGAUCAUAGGAUACAAGGAGGACGGAGUGCCAGUGAGGAUGAUGAAGCCAUUCAACGGAUACCACUUCAACAAGGUGGUGCAGUCAGGAGCUCUUGUAUGGGAGAGCAGGAGAAUGCAGAGGUGCAGAAAGGCGCUGAUAUUCAACUACUCGAGGGACGGAAGAGCGACGAGCAUGCACUACACACCGGACAGUGACACUGAGUGGACAGGGAACGAGUUCGCAGCGCUGCUCCUGGACGACCUGCUCAAGGGGAAGUCCUACGAGGCGUACUUCCGCAAGGCGGUGAGCACAGUGUACGACGAGACCUCGGGCAAGCAGGAGUCGGCAGGAGUCACCUGGGUGGAGAUGACUGAAGCUGAGUACCAGGCGUCGUUCGCGUCACUGCAGCUGAAGAUGUCGUUCUCGCUGGACCUGGACACGCUGCCCUCAGCGUUCUACUACGAAGAACUGCCAUCAAGCGGCGCUAGGUCGCCGCUUGAUGGCGAUAACCACAGAGACUACAUAGUCUCGAAGUACGACUACAAGGGAGUGAAGAAGGUGUCACUGACGCCGAAGUUCAACAAGAACCUGACGAAGGUGGUGGAGGGCUCGGAAGUCAUCUGGGAGAAGAAGAAGGGCUGCAACUGCCUCUCAGUGACCUUCAACAACGCACCGCAGCCGACGCUGCUGACAGUGUCCUCGACGAACGCAAACAAGGCGAUAGUGCAGGCGAACUACUACUACAGAAACCAGGGAAAGUGGGAAGAAGUAACCUUGAGCAGAUACAGUGACCUGAUGGAAGCGAUGGCGGAAGUGGAAGACCACAAGUACUUCACAGUUAACCUGAAGAAACUGGGACCGACGAACAAGUACACGUACAACGUGAUAUACGAAGACGUACCCUACGCACAAAUAUUCCCGAACUUUGGAUAUCAAAUGAGGAACCUGGUGGAAGGCGAGGAGCUUAUAUGGAGUCUGAAUAACCCGAACGGAAAAGGAUACGAAAACCUGUCCAGAGCAGACCUGACGCCAUACAAGGACCCGAAGUUCGUGAAGUUGGCAUCCACCACAGCAGACGUGGAGAUAACGACGAGCUACUACGUAAAGGAAGAAGUUGUUGGAAGCAAAUACGACGUUGAUGAUACCACACAAGACGUUGAUGCUAGCACAGAUGACGUUGAUUCUAGCACAGAUGACGUUGAUGCUAGCACAGAUGACGUUGAUUCUAGCACAGAUGACGUUGAUUCUAGCACAGAUGACGUUGAUUCUAGCAAAUACGCAACACUAAAGGACAAGUGGAAGAAUGUGGAAGUGGAGGAGUACUACAGUAAGCUGGAGAAGUUUAAGUCGGAGUACUGCAGCAGAGAGGAGGUGGUGGACCUGUGGGACGUGUACAUGGGCCUGGAGCGCGACUACUACGAGUACGAAAAGAGGGACUACCUGGGUGUGCCGAAGUUUGGAGUGCUCACCUUUAAGGCGAGAGUGGAAAACCUGACGCUGAGUCUGAAGGAACAGAAGAUAUGGAAGGUGCCGAACACGAGGUACGCAAAGGAGGUGCUCUUCUUCCCGGCAGAUGCGCCGACCUCAGUGGCAGUGCUCUACGACGACCACGACGAAUACUUCCUCAGAGGAGGAGACGCAGGCCUCAAUGGAAGUGCCCAGUUCCCCAACACGGGGUCGGACAACUUCGUGGACACAGGAAGCGGCUUCGCGAAGGUGGACCACGAGGAGAUGGUGAGGUCCUUUGAAAAGUACGUGAGCCCGAAGAGGGAAGUGGAGUUGGACCUGGGCGAGUACUACGACAUGGUGAGCGAGUUCGAGGAGGAGAUCAGGCUGCGGAGCUACCUGGUGUCGAAGCUCCUGGAAAAGUACCCGUACACGACGCUGGGAGAUAACGACUUCAACUGGUCAGUGUGGAACUACAGAGGAGUGGAUUUCAUAACACUCUCGCUGAACCCGAAGAUGGUGCUGAAAGAGAUAGUGGACAGAGACCAGAAGGUGACGACGUGCAAGAUUUUCGACUCAGUGAAGGUAUACUUCACACUGACAGAUGAGCUAAGUCUGCUGGUGUACCACAGAACAUUUGAAUCAAGUGACAUGAAGAUGCUGGCGUUCACCAAGGGAGAAGGGAAGUCGUGGUCGAUUGCGCCAUCAGCGCUCACGCACAGUCUGAGGACGCUGGUGAACUUCGCGUCGAGGCCGCUCUCAGUGGACCUGUACCACCUGUCGGACCACUGGUCCAAGAGAGGAUUCAAAACGUACAGGUACGGAGCGUCGCAGUACCUGAAGCACAACGUGCUGGUGGCGAGCCCAGGAUACCAGAUACGCGAGGUCUACUACAGGUCGAAGCUGUUAUACGAAGUGAACUCUGCGGACGCGGCGUACAGCAUGACGAGAACAGUCACAGAAAGCAUACUGCGAGUGAACUACUACCCGAACUUGCGCCCAAGGCUAGUGCACAUAGCACUGUUGACGGCCUCAGGAGUGUCCAACAAGUACUACUCAGUGAGCAGCACGAGAGGCCCCGCGAAUGGGAGUGGCGAGUCGCUCCUAGAUGGGGAUUUGGCCGCCAGUUUCGACUCUGGAUCAGCUGUCGACGGUGAUUUGGGUUACGAUGCCAACACUUACACAACGAACAAUGCUAACACUUACACAAAUGGCAACUCUAACUCCUACACAAAUGGCAACUCUAACUCCUACACAAAUGGCAACUCUAACUCCUACACAAAUGGCAACGCAAGGACUGAGCCGGUGACCACAGUGAAGAGUGUGGACAUAUUCGAUUACUCGAGACUGUACGAGGAGUACGGGAGAAUUAACGAGUGCAGCCUGGACGUGAGAGAAGCGAACAAGACGGAGGAGUACAGAGCGUUCACGGAAAUGGUUAACGGCACAGAGUACACGCUGGUGAAGCCGAAGAAAGAAAGUACACUGGUGCUCGUGACAGACGGGCAGAAGGUACUCUGGGAAGCAGAGGAAGAAAAGGUGUCGUCAGUAGUGCUGUACCCGAAGGAAAGUCCGAAGUUGGUGCUCAUAUACUGCGAAGAAACUCCAGUACACGCAGAGUUUAGUAGUACAGAGGCGACAGUACAGAAGGUAAUAAGGCUCAAGUACAGCGAAAGCGUGCACGACUGGAAACAGGUAACGGAAGAAGAAGCACUGGAGACAGUUAACAUGGCGAAGAGAGCGCUGAAGCCGUUCAACCUGGACCUGGACGGGCUGCACACGGAGCUUAUGAACCCGCGCAAAUGGUACCACCUGGAAAGAAACUACCUGUUCGGAAUGGCGUUCACAACGAUAAGGCCGUCAAGCUACUCGGACAUCGUGAAGGUGAAGUUUAAAAAGCAAGUGCUGUUCAACAUAAGAGACACGUACGCACUAUACGAAGAGGGAGAGAGCCCUGCCGACGCAAAAUCUAUAUCGCAUAACCAAGAUUUCGGGUCGGAAAUCGAGGGCACGACCCGCGGAAACAGAGUGCUAAACGUGGUCUACGGCUUCGGAGAGGAGCCGAAGAUGGCAAGAGUGACGUACCUGAAGAACUUUGAAGUGCUCGACGCGUACUUCAUGAGGCGCGACGAGGAGUGGGAGGAGAUCACGCAGCCUGAGUUCGGAAGGUACCUGUACCUGCUGAAGAGACUGAGUCUGGCGCCAGCAGUGCUGGACGUGGAGAACCCGGACCCGGUGAUGUUCGAGACGACGGAGUUCGUGCACGGAGGAGACAGCGCGCCGAGCACCCUUAUGGUGAGAAUGACGCCGAGAGAAAAGUACCACGUGACGAAGGUGGUGAGCAGCGUGAGCGAGUUCGUGCGAGACUUAGACGACAUGCAGAGCACGGAAACGCUGGACUACACGAACACGCUCUUCGCAGCGGAAGGGUCCAGCGUGGUGUACGCGGAGAAGACGAAGACGAGGCCGACGCUGCUGAGAGUGUACUUCGUGAAGAAGGACGACUUCCUGCAGCUGGGAAAGGCGCACUUCGGGCAGCAGGAGUACCAGCAGAUCACGGAGUUCGAGUACGAGAAACUGCUGAACCGCGCAGGCCUGACGACGUAUAACCUGGACGCGCACUACAGAGAAAUUAACAGAACAGUGCAGCUGCACCCGUUCCACACGAACAACUACACGGACGACGUGCAGUCGGUGUACACCGGGAACGUGAACUUCGUGCACCCGAAGAGCGACCUGGACAGACUGAUGUGCAGAGACAAGCUGGUCUGGGAGUCGACGAUUGACGAACAGGGCCUGCUGGUGGCAACGUACCCGGCAAACUCGCCGAAGCAAGCAAUGUCAGGACACGCGCUGAAGGUGGACGUGAACGACAGGUCGCUGCACCUGAAGCUGAACAGCUUCACGUUCAUGGAGGACCAAGUGUACACGACGGUGGUGGUGCCGGCUGAGGGAGCGAAGGUGGCAGGAGUAUACGACAAAGGGGUCGAGAUAUGGGCGCCGAAGAGGAGAUCCGCGUCCCCAUCCACUUCCACGUCUUCGUUAGCAGAAGAGGAGCUGAUGAAGCUCUACUUCACCCCCUCAGUAAACCCGUCAGUCCUGGUGGUCUACUACAGAGACCUGGAGGGAAUAGUGAGAGUGAAGGACUACGAGAAGAGGUGGGCAGUCUGGGAGGAGGCGCACGCGAAGUUCAUGGCUAACUACAUCAACAUGCUAGAGUCAUCACUGACAGUAAACCUGAAGGCGAAGUUUGACAAGAACAAGAUAGCGCUGACGAGCUACAGCAUCUCGGGCUUCCAAGUGACGACGCUGACGCCCAAGGGAAGCUACAACUUCACGAAGGUGUACGCGAACAACAGAAAGGGGCAGGCGGAGUUGAUAUGGCAGAGCGCCGCGGAAGAAAGAUGCUUCAUCAUGCACUUCGCGCCGAAGGUGGACCCGAAGGUGGUGCUGCUCUCGUACUCGACGAAGUCGGCAUUCAUAGAGACGAAGAUGUUCUUCAAGGACAGAGCGAACGGCUGGGUGCACGACGCGGAAUCAGACUACCAGGAAUUCCUGAAGAAAAUGCUGGAGUUGGAAGACGCGUUCGUGUAUCACCUGGAGGACACACUGUCAGGGCUGCCGAACGAGAACUACACGUACGAGGAGACGGAAAUAGCGCAGGUUAAGUUCAGAACGUGCACGCCGAGGCUCAACAGGCAUUUGGUGACGAUAAUGGACCGCCACGGGCACGUGUACGAAAGGGCUGAAGGAGAAAGAGUGCUGGAUGUGCUCUCCUCGCCGCCACAAAACCCGCACUUCCUGCUGGUGCUGUACACAGUCGAUGGAGGAGAAGAGGUUAAGUACAAGUACUUCAACAAGCCGGCGAAGUCGCCCUCGAGCGACGGAGAACUGAGCAGGUACAACUACAGGAACACGUGGAGACAGGUGGGCCGCUACGACUUCAUGAGGCUCCUGAACGAACAAGUGAAGGCGUCGCAGGCGCGUGAGUUGGAGGACGGAGUGGAGGUGCUCGACAGGGAGUUGAGCCUGAGCGAAGUGCAGGCGAAGCUGCUGGAAAGGCUUAACGGGCUGAGAAGAGCAGAGGCAGAGAGGGAAACUGACGAGGAGGCGCACGAGAGAGUGCUGAGGAAGUUUGCACAAGGAGCUGCAGACCCGACGGCGUUUGACGCCCACGGACCGAAGGUGGAAAGGCACCCAGAAACCGCGACUGGUGGUGGUGACUCGUUCAAGCCACUGACUGAGACGUCGGAUUCGGCCAAGCCAGCUGAUGCAAAUACGGAUUCGGCCAAACAAGUUCACACUACCGAUAGACUCGACAAGGCUAACACUCUCCAUACGGCCAAUACACUCGACAAGGCUAACACUCUCCAUACUGCCAAUUUACAAGAACAAUUGACCGAUAGCCUUAGUACUGCAGACACUCUAGAAGUAACAGGAUUCGCGCAAGAAAGCGUCGAGUUCCUGGAUCAGAUGUCAGGCUUCGGGCCGCUGGAAAAAUACAAAGAGUUCGAUCUGGACCUGAGCGUCCUGAGCAGUAUGAACAGCCUGGCGGGCACGGAGUAUAGAAGGAACGACUACGUGGAGGCAGGAGUGCAGAGAACAGUGCUGCGACUGAGGAAAAACAACCUGCUGAAGCAGGUGAAGCAGGGGUCGGAAGUGGUGUGGGACGCAACGUCGGCAAGGUCGACGGGAAGUCAGUACUCGGAGCACUCGAAAGGACGCAGAGACGCAACGAACAGCACCUGGUACUACAACAAAAGCGAAGACACAGUGACGCAAGGAGAGUCAGGCUCGCAAGGAGAGUCAGCCUCGAAGGGUAAAGAAGGCACUAGAUUAGGCACCUUUGGAAAAAAUGGUCAGUCAGUGGUGACAUACGUGUACUUUGCACCGACGAAUGACCCUAGGGUGCUGACGCUGUUCUUCGGAGACGAGGGCCACGGAGUAACCUCAAUGAAGUUCAUCAAGGGAACCUCAUGGAUUCAGUACCCGUACGUGACGAAGGACCCGGUGAACGAGAAGGCACUGCUGGAGGCAACGAACAACGUGGUGCUGGACGUGGAGUGGGAGCCGCUGAUUUUCAGAAACAUCACAGUCUUCAAAAAGGUGCUCCUGAAGGACGGAGAAGCGUACCACAUGAAAAUAUCCAUGAAGGAGACGCUGAAGAAGGUGGUGAAGGUAGUCUACGGAGAAAAGACGCUCUGGGAGAAGAAGGGCGACGAGGAGUUCAAGGCGACGUACCUGUACCCAGUCUCGAAGCCGAAGUUCGUGAGAGUGGACGUGAGCACGCGCGAGGGAGAUAGGAGAGAGUACUACAGGUACUACUCGGAAGCAUGGUUCCAGCUGAAGGAAAACUUCUACCAAAGCUCGCUCGAAAGGUACUACAAGCACCUGAGCACGGACUUUUUGGAAGUUAACAUGAGCGAGGUGGAGCAGUACAGAAGGAAGACGGCCUUCUACAAGGUGUACACGAAGAACCUCUACGACCUGGACUUCACGCUGCUCGCGCCGAACCACAGCUACCAGUUCUCGUCAGUGGUCUACAGGCCGGAAAAGCAUGCAGUAGACGGAGCAUUCACGGAUAAGGCAGACGCAGACCUGAAGAAGCUGUACGAAACGACGGUGAACGAGUUCAUGGGAAUGGCAGGAUUCGCGCCGAAGGAAGACCCGAAGUUCCUGAUACUGACGACGUACUCGUGGGCGAACCUGCUGGAGCAGGAAGGAGGAGACUACAGCUACUUCACGGGAGACGUGUCAGACCUGAUGGACCAGCAGGGCAGAGAAGUAAACAAGCAGGUGUACCUCUCAGUGACGACGAACUACUACUACAAGGAGGAGGGAGAGUGGUACAUGGCGGACGCACACAGCUUCAUGGAAAGGUGCAAGAGGUACGCGCACGACAACAUGGAGCCCGAGGCGAUGUUCGACGUGGAUCUGGACAACCUGGAGUUCAACAGAGACAAGUACGAGCUGAAGAAGGAGGAGUUCUGCGACACGAUCUUCACAGGCCUGGGGCCGAAGAAGGGCUACAAGAUAGGACACGUCUACCAGUACGGAAAAAUAGUGUACAGAGUGGGCCCGUACCCGAUAAGAGAGAUGCUGUUCUACCCGGAAACUAAGGCGAGGUUCCUGAAGUUCUCUCACCAAAUGAGCGAGAAGCUGGUAAACAACUACUUCUUCCUGAGCUAUGAGCCAUUCGGCCUGUACCAGAAGGAUUACCCGUCCUUCAGAGCGGAGCUUUACGAAUAUAACCGCAAGAAGAAGUCACUGGGAGGCCUGUUAGAGGAGGACGGCCUCAGCGAAGAAGACGAUAUCAACGUAAAGCUGUUCGAGGCGCGCGGAGAAAAAAACACGGCGUCGAAGGCACCAGCACACAGCUUCCUGUACCACGUGGACACGGAGAGGACUGCGACGACAGCGUACAGCUGCGAGUACGCGAAGGAAGCACCGGAGUUCCAAAGGGCAGUGAGAGUGUUCACGGGAAAAAUGUGCGGACUCAUGUACUACAUCGUGGUCCCAGUGAACGGCUUCACAGUGACCCAGGUCUUCUCGGAGACGAAGUCGCUGCUGAACGCGCACGAGGGAACGAAGGUGAAGGCAGUGGUCGCAGUGCCCUCCACGAACCCGAUCUACCUGCUGGUGUGGCACGAGGAGGAGCCAGCAGAGACGAACUGGAGCCUGUACCACCUCUCGGGAAACGUCUGGAAGGAACUGCGCCACUUCCCGCUGAGGCUGAAGAUGUCGAACAUCGCGAAGUACCACCUGGCGAAGGUGUACCCGGACAGGUUCUCUGGGGCCUCGCUGCCGCAGGCGAAGGUGGACUCUGGGGCGGCAACUACUACGGUUAUGCCGGCUACGACUACGUUUACACAACCUACGACUAGUUUAACAGGUUCGCCACCUCUGAGGUCACUCUUCAAGACUGAACAGAGCCCGGCCGGGGACAGGUUCCUGAUGCACGGGUACCCGCAGGGCCCAGAGCACUUCAAAGAAAAGUUCGGAUUCAAGUACGACUUCUUCAACUUCAGCCAGGUGGACGUGAUGGACCAGGACGACGUCUUCAGAAAGUUGGACUUCUACACGGAGGCGGAGGACGCCUACAAGCUCGUGCUCAUGGACUACGACGAGUACAAGGUGGACAGGCUGACGGUGAACGAGAAGACGGUGUUCCAGCUGCCGGACGAGGACUUCUUUGACAUCGUGGACGCGAGGUCCGGCUCUGCCCCCGGUCCCCAGGUAGCCCACGACCUUGCCAAUACUAGGCCGUUGGCCACCACUACCGGCCAAAAGGCGGGCACCAAGGACACCCUUACGACUGACCCCGUAAAGUGCGCCAAGUUCGACUUUGACCUCGCCAAGGACAACCACUGCACUGACAUGUACAGCGUCCACCACCUGACGCACCACGGCUACAAGCUGACUCUGGUCAAGGUGAAGGAGCACAACAUGUUGAUGCACCUGGUAGACGGAGACCACAAGGUGUGGACCAACGGCGGCCACCAGGUCGUGUUCAAGUUUGCGUUUUUGCCACCUAAGGAGCCUAGGGAGCUGUUCAUGAGUGUGUACUGCAUGGCGAGUCACAAGAAGUACCACCUCUUUUUGUACAAGGAGCACGGCGAGUGGAAGCGGCACCCCUACCCCCACGAGGCGCCUGAACACUUGAGGGAGUUGGUUGACCCAGCCAGUACCAUAUAUGAGGGCGUCGCGCACUGCACUGCCCCCCCUAGUUACGGUGCUGCCCAGUUCGCUGGUACUGCCAACGUUACCGGUACUGCCCAGGUUGUGGGUACUGCCCAGGUUAAACCGGCUGGUACUACCAAGGUUACGGGUACUACCGGCAAUCUUGCCACACCUGUCGACACUGCCCAGGUUGUCACAACUACCGGCAACCAAAUGGUCACCACGGACAAUCUUACGACGGACCCAGUAAAGUGCGACAAGUUCGACCUCGACCUGGCCAAACACCACGAGUCAAACGAGUACUACUCGUACUGGAGAGCCAUGUACUUCCACGGACACGAGUACGCAGUGCUCAGAGUGAGACAGCACAAGGUGUUGAACCGUGUGAGGGACGGCGACCUGCCGGUAUGGAGUCAGCACAAGGACCACUACGCAACUGAGCUUGGCCUGCUGCCGCCAGAAAAACCGACGCACGUGUGCGUGGGCGAGUAUCACCAAAAAGACCACACAGUCAAGUACAAGUUCCUAUACAAGUCGGAAGGAGAGUGGCACGAGUACUUCGCCCACCACUUGGUGCCCGAGUCUAUGCUGAACGUGGCCAAGUUCCUGGCCUCAGGCGCCUCCACGGACUCGGCACUGAAAACUGACCUGAAGCACAAUAAGUCCAAGUUCGACACGGUGAAGGCAGUGGUGCUGAGCCCGAAGGAAAGACCCUAUAAGCUGAGCGUGGUGUACUCCGAGGGCAUACACGACAGGUACGCCUCGUUCCUGAAGGUCAACGGACAAUGGGCGCCAGUGACACUGCCAAUGUCAGACGACCUGACCCUGAGAAUGAGGUACCUGGGCGCGAAGCUGAGGAGCGAGUCGAUAGUGUUCGCAGGAGAGUACCCGUACGCAGUGGACGUGAACACGAAGAUGCUCAAGUACAAGUACGGAACAUUCGUGCACAACAGCGUGGUCUCGAGCAAGUGGCUCGCGACGCACAGCCCGGAGGAGGGGCACCUGGUGUACCUGCCAAUAAACAACUUUAAGCUCCUGAGAGUGAGCUUCGGAAAGCAUAAGCUCUUCAAGUACAACUUUAACACGAAGAGGGUGACGGCAGUGUACCUCACGAGGGCGGAAAACUGGAAGGAGACGGCGAGGAGCAACGAAGUCGAGAGAGUGACGGUAUUCGCACUGGACAAGGAGGACAGGAAGUACAGAGCAAGCUGGAAGAAAAAGGGAGACAAGUGGGUGAUGACGCACGUGCCGACGGAAGAGGUGAUGAAGAUGCUGAACAACAUAAGGAAGGCGAAGGAGAUGCUGCCGAAGACGACGGAAAAGAGGGAGAGGAAGGAGGCGGAGGCAAACAAGGCCUUCGAGAACUUCAUGGACUACACGGCCUCGGAAGGCACCUUGAACACGGCGAACAGGUUCACGCUCUCAGGAAAGGUGGAGAGGAAGGACGGAGCGCUGACCGUCAACGCGUACUUCAACUACCGCAUAGAGCUCAACGAGAUGGAGGUAUUCCUGAGCAGUUUGAAGACGCAGUUCUUCAACUACGCAGUCCUCGAGGAGUGGUACAACUACAACAUCGUGGUGGUGCCGGAGGGCUACAAGGCGACGGUGCUGAAGCACCUGGGCAGCGUGGCGAACAAUAAUACGACGGAUAAAAGCAGAGACGAGUACUUCAUCAAGGCAGUGUACCUGACGCCCGCGAGUAAUCCGUACAGAGUGUACCUGUACCUGAAAAACGGAAAGGGGGAGAGCAAGUACAAGUACCUGUGGAAGAGCGCAGUGACGGUGCCGAGUACCACGGAGAACACGACGGAGUUCGUGACAGUGUCGACGCGGUACGAGUGGCUGUCAGCAAAUAUGACGGAGACGGUGCUGGCGUACGUGAAGGCGAAGUUCACAAACGCACUGGACGCAAGCGAGUCGCUGAAGGUCUCAUGCUACAAAUACGACCUGAAGGUGGCAGCAAACGGAGACCAGCUGCAGAAGUUUGACUACUACGUCAACUUAGAUUCGAUGUACGCAAACAUGUCAUACAAGGGAAUGUUCUCGUACAUCGAGGAGGACUUCAAGGUGCUGGUCCCGUACAAGGACAACAAGGUGUCGCACGUGACAUUCGGAGUGGAGAAGCUGUUCACGCUUAAGUCGCAGUUCGACACGGUGAAGGCGCUGCUGCUGACGCCGCCAAGUAACCCGAGGAACCUGAUAGUCUACUACGUGGAUGAGGAGGGCAACGACCACUACGCAGCGUACACGAAGAUGAACCCGCUGCUUUACUACUGCAACGGAACCUUCGGAACGAUGGAAAGGCUGCAGUCGCACAAGAGGUUCGAGGGAGUGAAGAGGCAGUGGUUCGAACGGCCAUUCUUCGGAUCGCACGCAACAGCAAUAAGAAGAAUACACGCAGCUCUGGACAAGUACUAUAAGCUGUACCCGCACGCGGAAGGAGUGACCACAGUAGGUCAGAGGGAUGGAGAGGGUAGAGGAAAAGGAGACUUCGUGCCGGACGUGUACUGCAUGGAGUUGUACGUGUCAGGAAAGUUGUACGACCUGAAGAAAGGAGCAAUCUACGACUUCUUCUACUACUACGACGAUAAAAACAAGGACCUGCUGAGGGUGUUCGUGGAUGACGAGAUUGUUCAUGUGCCAGGAGUGUUGGAAGUGGUGGUGAGAGAAGGGAAGCCCACGAGCUUCCUGUUCAUCACAGCGAAGGUGUCCGCAGCAGCGUCGCUGAUGGUGUCCUCGAUAGUGUACGGGUCGCAGGAGGUGAUGGAGGUGUCAGACCAGCUGGUGGUGCUGGGACUACUGGUCUCGCCGCUCAGUGACCCCAAGGCGAUGCUCGUCCACGCGAAAAACUUCUCAGGAAGGGACCUAUACUACUACUUCGUGAAGAAGGAUAACCACUGGGUGACGCCGGAGUCAGACCACUACAGCUUCCUGAAGAUGAAGGUGCUGAUGGAAGGCGCACGCGCAGAGCUGUCAGCGGCGCCAAGCGACUCCGCAGCGACGUUGAGAAGGAAGGAAGGAGUUGACGGAAUGGCGUCAGGAACGAUGGCAUGGCCAGAGGGGUUGCCAGUAGGAAGGACAAUGUCGUCAGGAGUGUACCCGCAAGAAGCUAAGAACAUGGACGUGUACAUGUCAGGGACGCUGGUCGACGGAGAGACAGUGGCGCCAUUCGUGUACGUCUACAACGCUAGGAAAGUGGGAAGCGCACAUGUGAUGGAGCGAGGGAAGAUAGUGGAGCACAAAAACGUGUUCGCAGUGGAGGCUGAAGACACGCAAUACAGAACAGUGUUCGCACUGAAGCCGAAGCACAAGGAGUACAAAGUGAGGACCUUGCACGUAUCCAGAGAGCGUGUAUUCGAAGUUGACGCAAGGGAGACGGUAAACAUGGUGGCAUGGACGCCCUUCGCGAACCCGAAGUCAGUGAUGGUGUCAGUGACGACGGCGACGGGAGGGACCAGGCACAACUUCUACGCGAAGAAAGGGAACGCGUGGACAUUAUGCACAGAGGACUGGCAGCUGAGCAGCCUGGUGCACGAGUUCGAUAUCUCGGAGGCGGACGCUGCCGAUGACGCGUCGUCCCUCAGCAUGGUGGAAAAGGUCAACUACGACCUGUACCUGACAGGGCUCGUGGAGUACGACAACUUCGUAUACGUCUUCGACAAGGACAGCCUGGACAGCCUCUUCGUACUCAAGGGAGAGAAGCUGGAGCUGGUGAGAAACGCAGUGGAGUACAAGGUCAACGAGACGAUCAACGUGCUCUUCGUGUGGCCGCAGCUGCCUAGGUACGUGGUGACGAACGUGGUGAGCUCCUCAGGAGUCCUCCUCGAGGUAGACAGGAACUCGAUGCUGGUCGCGCUGCUGCUCUCGCCGCCCUACGACCCGGAGGUGAUGGCGGUGCACCAGAACGACGCGAGCGGCAGCUUCUACAAGUACUUCAUGAAGAGGGACGGCCAGUGGUACCUGCCGCUCGUGAACCCGCCGAGCUACUACAGGAUGCGGCGCUGCCUCGAGGUCGCGGAGGCUGAGCGGUUCGAGGCGACGGGCGUCGCGCACUGCACUGCCCCCCCUAGUUACGGUGCUGCCCAGUUCGCUGGUACUGCCAACGUUACCGGUACUGCCCAGGUUGUGGGUACUGCCCAGGUUAAACCGGCUGGUACUACCAAGGUUACGGGUACUACCGGCAAUCUUGCCACACCUGUCGACACUGCCCAGGUUGUCACAACUACCGGCAACCAAAUGGUCACCACGGACAAUCUUACGACGGACCCAGUAAAGUGCGACAAGUUCGACCUCGACCUGGCCAAACACCACGAGUCAAACGAGUACUACUCGUACUGGAGAGCCAUGUACUUCCACGGACACGAGUACGCAGUGCUCAGAGUGAGACAGCACAAGGUGUUGAACCGUGUGAGGGACGGCGACCUGUUGGUAUGGAGUCAGCACAAGGACCACUACGCAACUGAACUUGGCCUGCUGCCGCCAGAAAAACCGACGCACGUGUGCGUGGGCGAGUAUCACCAAAAAGACCACACAGUCAAGUACAAGUUCCUAUACAAGUCGGCAGGAGAGUGGCACGAGUACGCAUCCAGAGAUAGGGUGCCGCUGCAGCUGGUGUACUUGAGCGAGUUGAACUUCAACCACGUGUCGGAGUUGAGCCACGGAAACUUCACGCUUCACCUGAACGAGGAGAACAAGACCACGGAAAUGUACCGCUUCGAAGAGGUCAAGGUCGACUCUUUCAAGAUGGCCUGGGGGCUGGUAAACAAGGGCUACAACCUGGACGAGGUGUUGGCGGCCGUUGGCGCCGGCAAGGGAGCACCGGAAGCCUCAAGGGGCAGAGCCACGGAAACAGUGUUCAAGAAUGAGAAGAACAGGCAAGUGCUGAGGUUCGCGUACACGCCAGUGCAAGACCCAGUGGCUUUCGGAUGCUCAUACGUGUUGGACGGGGAGACCCACUACGAGUUGUACGAGAAGGCGUCAGAAGGGUGGAACCCAAUGUACACGAUCUCGUACCUGAGAACGGCACUCGCGUACGCGCUGUCGGACGAGUACCACGAGGAGUACGUGAGGAAUAACUGGAAGGAAUUGACGCUGGAAUUGUCGGAGAAGCGACUGGAGCAAGUAGAAUUUGGGGUUACCACUCGUACUGGUGUUACCGCUGUUACCGGUCCCACAGUUGCUACCGCUCGUACUGGUGUUACCGCUGUUACCGACGCCAAACAUACUACCGACGCAAAGCAAUUAGUCAACGAGUUCGCAGAUCAAAUGAGGACGGAGCGACUAGAAGAGGCAGCAGGUGCAACGAAGCACGUGACGUCGGUGCCGGUGCAGAAGGUGGUCUUCGACCUGCACUUUGACCUGUUGAACGAGUUCUACAGGCACCGCUACGACCAGGAGCUGACGGUGGUGGGCGGCCUGACCUUCGUGACGUUCGUGCCGAAGGAAGGAGUGUCAGUGAGAGAGGUGAUGUACCCGUUCGUGUCAGUGUACAGCCUCCCGACCGAGGAGACGCUGAAUAAGAUAUCCGUGUACCCGCGAGACGAGCCUGAGUUGCUGCUGCUGCACCUGACGUACGCAGAAACUCCCUCGCAUUACGACUUUGCAGACCACCUAUCGGGAGGCGCGUUAUUGGAUGUGGUGAAUGCCAACUCACAUAACGUGAAUGUCAACCCACAUAACGUGAACAACAAACCGCUAAACGUGGUAAGAAAGUUUGUGUUGGUCAAGGGAGAGAAGGAGGAAGAUAACAGAUGGGUGCUGAGCGAGGAGAAGUUUGACAGGAAAGUGGAGGACCACGCAGCAGAGCUGAUGGCGCCAGAGCUCGAAGAGGCGACCUUGGAUCUGUCGAAGCUGAUGAACCUGGAAGGCUCAGAAGAGUACGACGUGGUGAGAGACACGAUCAAAGACACAGUGGAUGUGCUGACAGUGUACACGAGAGCAGUGACAACGAAGGUGACGGAAGGAGAUAAUGUGGUGUGGGAAGCGGAGAAGGGACAGAGGCUGGAUUCACUGUACAUAAUGCCAGUGGAGGACCCAGAGUUGCUGUCACUGGCAUCCACGUCAAAGAGCCUCAGCUACUACGCAAGGCACGGAGGAAAGUGGGAGAGCGUGACGAGAGAAGCAUUCUACUACAUAUCCUCCUACUACGUGACGGCAAGGCACACGCUGGACCUGAAGUACGUGACGGAGUACGACGAGGAGCUGAGUCCAGAGGACUACGAGCUGGAGCACAGCAAGGGGUACCCGGAAGAGUCACACCACCGUCUGAGCGAAGAGGACUCGGUGGUGAGUCAGACGUUCUCAAUGCUGAGACAGUCGGCAUUCGGAGAAGCAAGGAGCAUGUUCGCAGAAGGCGACGAGGAGAUGUCAGUGAAGUACACGAAGACGAGGUACCACGAGUACCUGGAGACGGGCGUGCUGAAGAGCGACAACAGGCUGUUCGGACUGGUGUACCCGAAGGAGGGCGUCGACAACAGCCUGACGGUGCUGAAGCACAACGGAGACGUGAUAUACAGGCUCGCGGAAAACGAGAAGCUGGAGCAAGUGAACUACUACUCCUUCGACAGCCCAGUGCUGGUCUCGGUGGUGCUGCGCGUGGAAGUGGAGCCUCUGGAGGACCGUUCAGAGGCUGGAGCUAGAAAUGAGAGGAGGUGGCACCAAGUGGACGAGGAGCACUAUAACACGGCACUGGAGCUGAACGAGUACUCGAACAAAAAGGGCCUGGGCCUGAUGUUCGGAAAGGAAGUGUACGUGCGAGAACGCGCAGUGCCGCGAGAAAGGGAGUUUAGCUUCGAGUUGGAAGCAGCCACGAGGAUAACGAGCGAAUACUACCUGAGGAGAAUGUCGCAGUCAGGAGACUACUACGCGCUGGUGGUAAACCUGGGCCAUAGAAUGAAGGAGGUGACAGAGGGCGGAGAGGCAGUGUUCAGGCCGCAGGAAGGAGAGGUGAUAAUAGACCUGUACUACGCGAAGGAGGCGGAAGCAAGCAGUUUGACAGUGAAGUGCGUGAAGGAGGAGGACGGAGUGACAUACAUGGAGUUCUUGCACAUGGAGAAGGAAGGAGGCGCCUGGGCGAAGAAGGACGAGAUCAGGGUGCCAGUGGAAACGAUAGAAGUGCACGAGGCGACGCUGGCAACGCUGGCGACGAAGAAGAGGGCACUGGGAGGAUUGGAAGACAUGAAGAAGUUCGACUUUGACCUGAGAAGCGCGAAGACCGGAGAAACGGAGGACUACCUGCUGCUGGUGCAGAAGAUGCCGCCAAUUGAAACGGCGCUGCUCACGCCGAAGGAAAAGAGAAGGCUCGCGAGGCUGCACGAUGGAGAAGAGACAGUGUGGACGUCGCCAGAAGAUAGGCUCUGCAGACAGAUGAUGUUCGCGCCCUUCGAGAGGCCAGUGUUCGUGGGUCUGGCGACGGACAAGGGAGAAGGGUCGAACCCUCUGGACAUGGAGUACACCUUCGUCCAGAAGGUGCGAGACGGAAAGUGGAGAGAGUGUAGAAUCCCGUUCGUCAAGAGCAAGGAGACCCUGCCGCCGUGCGACCCGCGCUACUUCAGGACGAUGAAGCUGGACGUGGCAGGCCUGGUGGACCUGUCCCUGGGUAACAGAGACAGAGCCGCGAUGGCGCCAGGAAGCGGCGUCGCCAAGGCCUACUACGCAGUGCCGAAGGACGUGAUCGUCAACACGGUCUGCGACGGAGAGACCACGCUCUUCACGUCCCCAGUGAUGAGCGUGGAGAAGGUGAAGGUGUACGCGACGCCGACGGACCUGUUCCUGGCGCUGACGACGGAGUUCGCGGACAACAUGACCACGCACUACUACAGUACCUCAAACGCCAACAUAAACGCCAGCAAUACCACAGACGCCAACCUGAACGCCAACGCUAGCAUGAACGCGUUCCUGCAAGACCACGCGCUAAGGUCGUUCGACUUUGACCUCAGCGCGGACAAUCACUCGACGAAGCACUACAAGGUGAGAGUGACCGAGGGAGCGCACCCUGCAGUCGUGGUCGAGGUGAAGAGGUCAAGCGUGCUGGAGCGCCUGUACGACGACCACCUCCUGCUCUGGAAGAAGUCGAAGCAGAAGCACGUCAAGCUCGUGACGAAGUUCGCGUACCUGCCGCCGAAGCACCCGAGUCACCUGUGCAUGGGGCUGUACCACGUGUACGACCACAAGGUGAAGUACACGUUCUUCUACAAGUCGGGCAGAGUCUGGCACAGGUACAGGCCGGAAGAGGCGCUGCCGAAUGGACUGUUCCUGGCCUUCAAGUCGAUGAGAGGCGAAGCGCGCGCCGACGGCGGUUUGGCGCAGUCAGCCCAUACAACUGUGGCAGCUGAUGCGAGUGUAGCUUCUGUCACCGUAGCAACCGAUGCGAGUGUAGCUUCUGUCACCGUAGCAACCGAUGCGAGUGUAGCUUCUGCCACCGCGCCAAAAUCAGCCGAUAGUGUAGUCGCAACACAAUCAAGCCUAGUACAGGAAACAAGCCGGGUAAGAUCAGCCUUCGACUACGACCUAUCGGUGAGGAACCAGUCGACGCAGGACUACGAAGUCAACGUAUACCAGUACCACGGCAACGAGACGCUGGCAGUGGUGACGCCGAAGCCGAGAGGAAACCUGCACGCAGUGGUCGACGGAGAGGCGACGGUGUGGUCGAACGACGGAACGAAGAAGUUCAUGGUAUUCGCAUACCUGCCAUCAGACAGGCCUCAGCACUUCGCACUGAGGUUCUACGUGGAGACGCCGACGGACUACAGCGACGUGUACAUGGACAAGUACCAGGGCCGCUGGAUCCCGUCGUACACGCCGAGCAACAGAUUCCUGGACGAAAGCAUCUUCCCGGAGGAGGCGUUGGAGGGCUAUGGCGAUGCCGACGACCUUACCUUGGGUGAGUCCAGCGCCCACUGCUCUGCGCCCGUCGCCCCCGUUGCGUCAACUAGUGGCGGUGCUAGUGCCCCUAAAGACACGGCCGGUAUGGCCAAGGGCGCUGGUGCCAACGUUACCGGUGACCGGGGUGUCACGCCUGCGUCGUUGAACACAGUGGUCCAGUGCGCCAAGUUCGACUUUGACCUCGCCAAGGACAACCACUGCACUGACAUGUACAGCGUCCACCACCUGACGCACCACGGCUACAAGCUGACUCUGGUCAAGGUGAAGGAGCACAACAUGUUGAUGCACCUGGUAGACGGAGACCACAAGGUGUGGACCAACGGCGGCCACCAGGUCGUGUUCAAGUUUGCGUUUUUGCCACCUAAGGAGCCUAGGGAGCUGUUCAUGAGUGUGUACUGCAUGGCGAGUCACAAGAAGUACCACCUCUUUUUGUACAAGGAGCACGGCGAGUGGAAGCGGCACCCCUACCCCCACGAGGUGCCGGAGAGGGCGAGGGCGCUCUCGGAGGUCCUCAGGAUGUCGCACUUCAGCUUCAACCUGCGCGAAAAACCCACAGCCUCGUACAACAAGUACCGCAUGGACUUCGACAACAAGGCGCUCCUGGAGCUCGACGAGUCGACGUACCUGGACGCAGUGUUCGACGGAGACACCAUGGUGUGGACGAACCACGGAAGCAAGAAGGUGAAGGCGAUGGUGUACUAUCCGCUGAGUGAGCCGGCGCACGUGGCGCUGUCAUACACGAGGGACGACGAUGGGCCCUUCUUCGAGUACAUGGAAAAGGUAAACGGGAAGUGGAAGCACGAGUUGACGCCGCAGAGUCUGAAGCAGAUGCUCAACUCGACGCUGUCGCAGUCGAAUGGCCCUGACGGGUCGAGCCCUGCUCCGAAGACUAGACAGGCGCCCUUGAAGGCAGGAAGGACGUGGACGAGGAUCGACACGGCCGAGUUCUACAACAAGUUCAUGCACGUGGCAGUCACGGGAACUUUCUCGAAGCUGGACCUGGGCACUAGGCCCGACGAGGGCAUGUACGAGGUGAAGGACGGCUUCGUGUACGGAAAGCCAAUCAGAGUGUACAACCCGCUGCCAGGAAACCACGUCUACAGAAUAACCAAGGGAAAUGCGACGGUGUGGUCGUUCCUGGAGUUCAACGACCACGUGAAGUCGGUGCUGGCAGUCUACGAUAAAAUUGACGAGGAGGCAGACCCGAGGCUGCUGCAGGUGUACAUAAAGAACAGAAACACAAUCAGAGCACGCUACUUCAAGUGCAAGAGUAGCAAGCGCUGGGUGGAGGUGUCGGAGAAGGAGUACGCGCGGCUCUACAGGACAGUCAUGCAAAUAUUCAACGGCGCAGUGACUGAGGAGAGCGCAGGCGACUACUGGGAGCACGAGUCGGCGGACAGCGAGGACGACUACGAAGCGAGCACGGCAGCAACCACCGACACUGAGGACCCGAGAGCAUUCAUAGGCUCCGAGGACCCGAGUCUGUGCAAGGUCGAGUACCAGAGUCUGUUCGACCGAAUGGGCGAGAUGGCGAGGGACCUGAAGGAGUACGUGGAGUCGAAGUACGCCAAAUACGCGGGUGUGGCCAAACCCAAGGUAGACACGCAGGAAGAUACCACCACGUCUGCACCUGAUGAUACCGACGUGACUAAGCAGAAGGUAGACACGCAGAAAUACGUAGAGCCGGGCAUAGAGACGAAGGUUGACACGGACGAGAAGGUCGCCGGAGAACAAGCACACCCGCUGAACAAAUUCCCCCAAGUAAAUGGAGGUGAGUCUAUAAGAGUUAAUGUGAUGAGAAACGAUGGAACAACGAGCGAAGUGAAGUUGGGGUGCGACAACCGCCUGUACGCGCACCUGGUGGACAACGCGACGAUAUACGUGCCAGUGGAAGGAGACGAGAUGGUGAAGGUGAAGCAGGACAACUACGUGUUCUACUCACUCGAGUACGCAACGAAGAAGGCCCAGGCAGUGACGACGGAAGGACACGACGGAAUUGUGACGAAGCUGAUAGUGUCAGUGGAGAACGGGGAGGCGAUGAAGCACAUAGGAUUCGCGCUCAUCAACGGAGCCUGGGAAUCCUACGACGUCGAAGGAACAGAGCGCGAGUCUCUGGAGAAGGAAGUAGAGCGCGCGAAGAUAAAGUCGAGCUCUCUGGACUUUAGACAGAGGUACCUGCGGACUCUGACGGCCAACUGA